GCAGCCGCCGAGCAGCCCGGGGAAGAGAGGGACGGUCGGAGCGCGGUGGCGAGUCGCUGAGCCCGCUGGGGCCCUGAGAGCGGCUAGAGCCGCCGCCGCCGGGAAGGAGGGGCGAGCGCGCCCGGGCAAUCCGUCGCCGCCGUCGCCUUCGUCGUUGUCGUCGCCGCCGCCGUCGCCGCAACCGCCACCGCCACCGCCACCGCCACCGCCGCCGGAGCAGCGGGCGAGCCGGGCCGGGGCGGGGGGCGCGGGCCGCAGGCCCCUGCUCCGGCCGCCGCUUGGAGACCGUGGGCGCCCGAUGCCGCCCGCGCCCCGCUAGAUUGAAUCUCGGGCCCGGCGAGCCGCCGCCGCCGCCCGAGCCGCGGGCAGGAGUCUCGGGAGCCGCCGCCGCCGCCGCCCGGCCGGGCCCCGCCGCCGCCCGCGCGCCCCCGGGCCCCCGACACACAUGAGAUUCUUCAGGCUCACUUUCAAGUGCUUCGUGGACUGCUUCUGACCGCGCCGCCCCGCCUCCCCGACCCCCGGCCCGGCCGCCCCCCGGCCCCCGGCGGGCCCGCGCCUUCGGGGCCCCCCCUCGCGCCACCGGCGCCCCCCCCCGCCGCCGCCCGCCCGUCCGCCCGUCCGCCCGCCCCCGCGAGCCGCCGCGCCCCCCGGCCCGGCCGUGCGGCCCGCCGGGGCCAUGGCGAAGAAGAGCGCCGAGAACGGAAUCUACAGCGUGUCCGGCGACGAGAAGAAGGGCCCCCUGAUUGCGCCCGGGCCCGACGGGGCCCCGGCCAAGAGCGACGGCCCUGCGGGCCUGGGGGCUCCUGGCGGCCGCCUGGCCGUGCCACCGCGUGAGACCUGGACGCGCCAGAUGGACUUCAUCAUGUCGUGCGUGGGCUUCGCCGUGGGCCUGGGCAACGUGUGGCGCUUCCCCUACCUGUGCUACAAGAACGGCGGAGGUGUAUUCCUUAUCCCUUAUGUCCUGAUCGCUCUGGUUGGAGGAAUCCCCAUUUUCUUCUUGGAGAUCUCGCUGGGCCAGUUCAUGAAGGCCGGCAGCAUCAACGUCUGGAACAUCUGCCCCCUGUUCAAAGGCCUGGGCUACGCCUCCAUGGUCAUCGUCUUCUACUGCAACACCUACUACAUCAUGGUGCUGGCCUGGGGCUUCUACUACCUGGUCAAGUCCUUCACCACCACGCUGCCCUGGGCCACCUGCGGCCAUACCUGGAACACCCCCGACUGUGUGGAGAUCUUCCGCCAUGAAGACUGUGCCAAUGCCAGCCUGGCCAACCUCACAUGUGACCAGCUUGCUGACCGCCGGUCCCCUGUCAUCGAGUUCUGGGAGAACAAAGUCUUGCGGCUCUCCGGGGGGCUGGAGGUGCCAGGAGCCCUCAACUGGGAGGUGACCCUGUGUCUGCUGGCCUGCUGGGUGCUGGUCUACUUCUGCGUCUGGAAGGGGGUCAAGUCCACGGGAAAGAUCGUGUACUUCACCGCAACAUUCCCCUACGUGGUCCUCGUCGUGCUCCUGGUGCGGGGGGUGCUGCUGCCCGGCGCCUUGGACGGCAUCAUCUACUAUCUCAAGCCUGACUGGUCGAAGCUGGGGUCCCCUCAGGUGUGGAUAGAUGCCGGGACCCAGAUUUUCUUCUCCUAUGCCAUCGGCCUGGGGGCCCUGACGGCGCUGGGCAGCUACAACCGUUUCAACAACAACUGUUACAAGGACGCCAUCAUCCUGGCUCUCAUCAACAGCGGGACCAGCUUCUUCGCUGGCUUCGUGGUCUUCUCCAUCUUGGGCUUCAUGGCCGCAGAGCAGGGCGUGCACAUCUCCAAGGUGGCGGAGUCAGGGCCAGGCCUGGCCUUCAUCGCCUACCCCCGGGCUGUCACGCUGAUGCCUGUGGCCCCGCUCUGGGCUGCCCUGUUUUUCUUCAUGCUGCUGCUGCUCGGCCUAGACAGCCAGUUUGUAGGUGUGGAAGGCUUCGUCACUGGCCUGCUCGACCUCCUCCCGGCCUCCUACUACUUCCGUUUCCAAAGGGAAAUCUCUGUGGCCCUCUGCUGUGCCCUCUGCUUUGUCAUCGACCUCUCCAUGGUGACUGAUGGCGGGAUGUAUGUCUUCCAGCUGUUUGACUACUACUCGGCCAGCGGCACGACCCUGCUCUGGCAGGCCUUUUGGGAGUGCGUGGUGGUCGCCUGGGUGUACGGAGCAGACAGGUUCAUGGAUGACGUGGCCUGCAUGAUCGGGUACCGACCUUGCCCCUGGAUGAAAUGGUGCUGGUCCUUCUUCACCCCACUGGUCUGCAUGGGCAUCUUCACCUUCAACGUGGUGUACUACAAGCCGCUGGUCUACAACAACACCUACGUGUACCCGUGGUGGGGCGAGGCCAUGGGCUGGGGCUUCGCGCUCUCCUCCAUGCUGUGUGUGCCCCUCCACCUCCUGGGCUGCCUCCUCAGAGCCAAGGGGACCAUGGCUGAGCGCUGGCAGCACCUGACGCAGCCUGUGUGGGGCCUCCACCACUUGGAGUAUAGAGCUCAGGACUCGGAUGUCAGGGGCCUGACCACCCUGACCCCAGUGUCCGAGAGCAGCAAGGUGGUGGUGGUGGAGAGCGUCAUGUGACAGGCGCCCUGGCUCCCAUCACCAGCUCACCCUCUUGUAGCCAUAGCAGCCCCUGCUUUAGCCCCCCCACCCCUCCCAGGGGGGGCUUGCCUUUCCCUGACACUUUUGGGGUCUGCCGGGGGGGGGGGGAGUGGGAGGAAGCACCACGAGUGCUAACUAAAAUAACUUUUUCCAUUUUUAAUAAAAUGCCAAAAAUACCACAACCCACCAAAAAUAGAUGCCUCCCCCCCACCACCCCCCAACGGAGCUGGUACGCACGCUGCUUCCCAGGCCCUGCCCACCGCGCCCCCGCCCCAUGCCCGCUGCAGCUGUGUCCCCCCCCCCACCCCGGCCCCAGCACGCCUGCCCCUCCGGGCUCUGCCCGACGCUCCCUCGGGCAGCCCGUCCACCCCAGAGGCGGCAGUGGCAGCUGGGGGACCAGGGCGGGAGAGCCAAGGCGGCUACUUCAGCUGGGCCCCACCCCUCUCUCCGUCCCUCUUCUAGAAGCUUAGAGAGCCAGCCAGCAACGGGACCGUCCGGUUCCUGCGCCAGUUGCCACCAAUAUCAGUUGUGUGAGCCUGUGUACGAAUGCAUGUGUGCGUGAGUAUGUAGGGUAAACCUCGAUCUCUUAGCCAAGGUCACUACCAGGUGUAAACUGUGCCUGUGGGCAAACGAGGCUUGUAUUUUGCACAUUUUAUAAAAACUUGAGGAAAGAGAUUCCUGCUUGUAUAUUUCUAAAGAGAAAACAGCCCCACGUCCCGACUCUCCCUGCCACUCCCCGUCCCUCUGAGCACCCUCUGCGUCCUCUGCCCCAGCCAAGGAGUGUGAAUUUAUAAAUCUAAUUUUCAUAGGCAAAAGCUUCAAGCUGUUGAGCGUGCGAGUCUGUCGUGUGGGUGUGCACGUGCAGUCCCGGGCCCCAGACCGGGGUGGACAGAGAGUGCAAGGCCGGGGGUGGGGGCCGUGCAGGAGCAUCCCCCCACCCCCUCUGCCCGCAAGCCGGCAGGGUGAGGUGCGGCGUGACCCCCGGGGAACCUGGGGCCCCUCUCCUGGUGUGCUCAGGCUCGCCCACGCCCUGCCCCCCCCCACCCCCGGCCCAGGCUGGGCACGACUGCAGGGAUCUGAGGUGGGCACCAGCCGGGGAAGGCCUGCACCCUGGCGCGGCUCCCACCUGCAAGCUUAAAGCGGAUGCACCUCCCGCGUCUCAAGUCUUCCAUUAGCAGCUUUAAUUAACCCACGUGUGUGUCACGUCCGAUCCCGAGACGGCAGAGCGGACCCUAGAAGGGCUUCCCCCACGCCGCCCCAACGUGGGUCAGAGAGGUGGGCCUGGGUGAGGGCGGGGGUCCAGCGGGGACAUUCUUACUGUGCUAAAAAGCCACUGCAAACAUAGCAAUAAAAACAUGUCAUUUUCCAAA